AUGAUGAUGGACAGAAAAAAUCUGUUCCACGAAAACGAGAAGCUGCUUUUUCAUGGUGCCAAUGCCCAUUCAACUUGCGCUAUUAGUGAGACAGGUUUUAGUCGCAACACCUGUGGGAAUCAUGAUACUCGCUACGGCAUUGGGGUUUAUUUCUCCAAGUCGGCCGAGUACGCUGAGAAAUCCGCGCUGCCCAGCGACACAGGGAUUCUCAAAAUCUUCUUGGCCAGGGUCCUCGUGGGUUAUUCUGUUGAGACCACACAGGGACAACUGGCGAUCGUUCAGGAGCCUAACUCUAGUAGAACAUACGACUCUGGAAAAGCACCAGACAGUAACGAGGAUGGGAUUGUCGUCAUUUUCACAGACUCGCAGGCGUAUCCUGAAUACGUCAUCACAUCUAAGAUACAUAGCAGCGACACUCAGACAACAUCACCUUAA